CAUGCGUAAUUAACCUUUCGGAAUAGGAAAAAAAACCCACAACAAAUCUCGUCGUCUGUGGAACAUGCGCAUUCGUUCUCUGUAAUGUUUUUGGUAUUGAAAGUGAGCAUGCGCAUAAUAAGAAGGUUGCCACUCUUAAGUUUGAACCGGACAGAAACGGCUGAUCCUGAGGCUGUCAGUGAGUGGGGUUAAUGGGGAACUCCUGGGGCGGCGUAGAAAGGGAGAACUUAGCUUUGCUAUUUACUAGUGCAGUUGCUCACUGUUUUGGGGGAGUAAGCCUGGUUUGUGUCUCAGCAUGUCAAUAGUAACAGUGCAGCUUGGUCAAUGUGGCAAUCAGAUUGGUUUUGAAGUGUUUGAUGCUUUAUUUAGUGACUCACACUGUCCCCAGGGACUCUGCUCUAAAAGGGAGAAUGAGGCAUAUCAAGCAUCUUGCAAAGAAAGAUUCUUCAGUGAGGAGGAAAAUGGAGUUCCAAUUGCUCGUGCUGUACUUGUUGACAUGGAACCUAAAGUUAUCAAUCAAACACUGUCAAAGGCUGCCCAUUCUGGCCGAUGGAAAUAUGGCCAGCAUUCAUGCUUCUGUCAAAAACAAGGUUCUGGAAACAACUGGGCAUAUGGAUACUCUGUUCAUGGACCUAGGCAUGAAGAAUCUAUAAUGAACCUAAUCCAGAAGGAAGUGGAGAAAUGCGAUUCUUUGAAUGGUUUUUUCAUCAUAAUGAGUAUGGCCGGAGGCACAGGAUCAGGGCUAGGAGCCUUCGUUACACAGAACUUACAAGAUCAGUACUCAAACUCUUUGAAAAUGAAUCAGAUUAUAUGGCCUUAUGGAACUGGUGAGGUUAUUGUUCAGAACUACAAUUCCAUUUUGACACUUUCUCACUUGUACCGAUCUUCAGAUGCCCUCCUUGUUCAUGAGAAUGAUGCUGUUCAUAAGAUCUGUGCGAAACUGAUGAAUAUCAAGCAGAUCUCCUUCCGUGAUAUAAAUCAAGUCCUCGCACAUCAGCUGGGACGUGUGUUCCAGCCUACUUACUCUGGGGAAGGCUCAUUUCACUACAGAAGAAACCCACUAGGAGACUUAAUGGAGAAUUUAGUUCCCCAUCCAGAAUUCAAGAUGCUGGGUGUUCGUAACAUUCCUCAAAUGUCUGAGAAUUCACUGGCAUACAGCACAUUUACUUGGGCUGGCCUCCUCAAGCAUUUGAGACAGAUGCUCAUUUCUAAUGCGAAAAUGGAAGAAGGUAUUGAUUGGCAGGUACGGCCUCCUUUAUCAGGACUUCCUACGCGUGGUAAAAUGUCUCUCAACAAGGAGUCUCAUUUUAACACUUCCAUUGCUAACUUGGUCAUCCUUCGUGGGAAAGACGUACAUAGUGCGGAGCUGGGAGCAUUUAAAGAUCCAGCUCUCUAUACUUCCUGGUUAGAGCCUGUUCAUGCUUUCAGUGUGUGGAAAACCCAGCGAGCCUUUAGCAAAUAUGAGAAGUCUGCCGCGUUGGUCAGCAAUAGCCAGUUCUUAGUAAAACCACUUGACACGAUUGUGGGCAAAGCAUGGAAUAUGUUUGCUUCAAAAGCCUACAUUCAUCAGUACACAAAAUUUGGAAUUGAAGAAGAGGAUUUUUUGGACAGUUUCACAUUGUUAGAACAGGUUAUUGCUAGUUACUGCAACCUCGGAUUUUGAACAAUGGGGAAAAUUUACCUUAAGUCAUUUUUGGACUAAAGUACUUGCAAUACUACUUUCUCCGUAAGGUUUUUCAAAUUCCUAUCUGCUAAUGUAACAAGGUUAAAUGCUGAUUCCUUCUCCAUACUAUAGCCACAGAAAAGGAGAAAAACCUUUCAUGUUUUCAAUGAAAACAUCUACUUGAAAUUUUCCUUUGUAAGAAAAAAUAUUGGUACUUCUUUAAAGAACUUUGGGAAUACUUUGCUGAGAUGUUAGAACUCUAGAACUAUCAGAAAAGGAAACUUCCCUCUUUAUUCCAAAAAGCAUUCACUAAGUAUGAGCUAAACUUUCAUAGCACAAUUUUAAGCUAAGAAAUUGCAAUUCCGUAUUUAAAUAUAUUCAUCUUUGAAGUGAAUGUUUUGAACCAUAAGAGGGAGCUGUUGUCAAAAGCUACAGGGUGAACAUCUAUUUUUGAAUAUUUUAUUCUAAAACGGUAAGAUUUUCCACUUUAAGCAGCUAUUUAAAAAUAAAUGUCAGGACUUUGUUAAUAAACGUUAUAUCAUGCUUAAAUACAAAAGUAAAUAAGCAAAUGUUUCCUUUGUUUGCUGUUCUUAAAUUUUCUGGGCAUCAGAAAAUUGGGUUUUUCUUUUAGAUCUUAGAAUGCCAGAGCAGAGACUGAUUUUAUUCAACCAGUGCUUUAAAAUUACUUACAGGUAUUUAGCUGGUGUGGAAGACAGUUAUAUUCCUUUCAGUAAAAGGGGUAAGAGCUUUCGCCAAAUUCACUAUGUUGAGAAAAUUACCACCAAGUAAAUAUUGUCCUAGAUGAAACUGACACAUACAGAUGUUGGUUUCAUUCAGAAGGACAGAACACAUUUGGAAAUUUGCAGCUGAGUUUGAGGGGAAUGGGGUAGUUCAAUAAAACACAUCACAUGCAAUGUAUUAACAAAUGUAAAAUGGCAAACAAAUAGGAACAUUUUGCCCUUUCUGCCAAAUCUACCAGUGGUUUCUUCCUUUUCUUUCCAUAUGGAAAUGAUUACCUUUUUGCUGUUUUUCUUAUCAACUGUUGCUAUGAUUUAAAAUACUGAACCAUAUCUUAUUUCUAAGGAAUGUAAAAAGUGGUCUGUUCAACUGCUAAAAGGCACACCCACUGCUGUAUUUUGUUAAGCCAAGAAUACUAAAAAAUAAUGAGAUUGUAAUUUUUACAAAAUAAAGUUAAAAGUAAUAGUUUAGCAUUGCAGAGAUCCAAAGACUGAAACAAUUUCCCGAACUAAACCAGCAUUAAUGAAGAUCUGUAACCAAAUUACCUCACUAGGGGGUAGGCUGAUUCUGAAGAACUUUGCUACAAGUUAAGCUUAAAGAAGGUCGUAAGUUGAAAUCAUUUUAUAUUUGAGAAAAGCAUGCAUGAGGUACCAAAUGGGACAAAUAUAUUUCUAAUUUGGCAACUCAUGGAAUCAAUGGCAGGUGACUCUUGGAAGUAAACUCCAAUUACACAGAGCCAUUCACUUAUGUGAGUUGACCCUUUCUUAUGCAUGUUAUUGUUUCAUGCACAACUGCAUUAUUUGGUGUGUGUGGAUACCUAAAUAUUUGCAAAAUUGUUUUAAAUGUUUACAUUGAAAUUUUUUUCUUGUCUAUUUGGAAUAAUGUAAAAAUUUUUGCUAUUAGAGUUGUGAUAACUUAAAAAUUAACACAAAGAAGUUGAUGCCAAAGCUUCAAAAUAAGGGGUGGCAUUGGAAAUGUACUUUGAUUUGUGUGGAGAUAACGGCCAAUCAGCCAGGACAACAUUAGAAUCAUAACUUCCUGGGCAUAGAGAGCCAAAAGCUUUGAACAUGUAAUUUCUUAGAUUACUGGGUAACUGGCGUACUAUGUGUGUCACUCAGACAUUAUCCCACACAGCCAAGAUGCACCCCUAUAGGCAGUGAGUACAGUAUAAAUUCAAACUGUUUCUUAAUUUCAAACCUUUUCGUUCUCCCCCAUUUGUGCUUUUCUUAAGAGCUCUUUAAGCGGUAGAACCUGUUUCUUCCCAUUCAUUCCCUCUUGCUUCUAGCUUUGAGUACUCGCCCCGCAACCCCUCACCACUACUAUUCAGUCAGCCAACAAUCCCCUUCUCCUUUCUUUAACCUGUCACUUAGAACUCAGUAAGUGUGCCCAUGAUUCACUAUUCUCAGUCCCUUCAUUCAUUCAACCAGUAUCUAUUCACUGCCAGGCACUGAACAAAUGCUAAGUAUAUGGGGAUCAAUACCACAAAGUCUAAAUGAAGAAGCUUACAAGGUACUUAAGUUUCUUUCCAUGCCUGGUGCUACGAUUCUGGCUUCCUAAUUAUUGCUUAUUAUCUUGCCCAUGUCCAUGUUCAGUUUUUUUCUUUUUUUACAGUAAAGAUGUGGUACAAGGUAAAGAACCGUGAACUGGGACCUUUAGUCUAGGCUUUAAAUUUGUCUGAAGCCUCCUCACUGGCUCUGUAGACUUUACUGUGCAGUGUACAUACCAGUGAUUCUUCUCCUGACCACCAUGUUUAUCACACUUGCAUUCCUGUCCAAAAUUUUGUUUUAAAACAUGCUCCAUAUGUUCCCAUCCCACUGUUCUCUCCGCAUGAGCUCAAGGUCUGGCAGUCAACCCUUCCUUGUUCUUCCACCUACCUUCCAAAUAUGGCUUUGCCCACUAACUUGUCAUUUUUGCAAAUAAUCAGUUAUUUAAUUUAAGAGAUAUUUGCUCAUCUGUAUCAAUCACAUUGUUUCCUAUGGGUUUUAGGAAUGUGAGCUAAAAAAUCUGGCUUUAUAUUUUUAACUAAAUAACUUCCUACUCCUACACUCUGAAAUGUCUCAGACGAUGCAAUGUCAACCUUAUUAAUAAAUGGAAUCCCACUUCCCCUAGCAGGAAUGUUAAGAUAAACAAUGUAAAUAUUUUAAGUUUCUGGAGAACGCAGUGUUGGGUCAGUGUUGCAGAAGAUAUGGCAUUCAAGGGAGAAGAGGGAAAAGAGAGAAAAUCCUAAUCAUUUAGACUCUAGGGAGCCAGUGAAGCCAGGGAAGAGAUGAAAAGGAAGGUCAGGGGAACUGAUGAUGAUUCCCAAAGAACUGCUAAUAGCUUAUAAGCAUUUAAAAAAAAAAAGAAAUACUCGAUGGUUUUUGAAUUAUGGACUUUACCUAAUGAUAAAAAAUCUAAGAAUAGCUUACAAGAUAGCAUGAAAAGAAACAAGAAGCUAAAUUACAUGUCUCUUAGCAAAUAAUUCUGUGUUACCUGAAUUUUUCUCCUUUGCCAAUGAUGGAGCCAAUACAAUGGAUACUUUCAUGGCUCUCUUGUCCUAUGAAUUUAAUUAUUUACAUGGUAAGUACACAGAAAUUCAAAGAUUUUUGUCCAAUAUUGGCUGUCCAAUAAGGUAGCCAUUAGCCACAUGUGGUCAGUAAGUGUAAAAUACACACUGGAUUUUGAAGAUAAUACAAAUAAAAUAAUGUAAAAUAUUAAUAUCUUAAAUCGUGGAAAUGAUAUUUUGGACAUAAUAAGGUAAAUAACUUAUUCAAAUUGGUAUAAUACCUGUUUUUUUUACAUUUUAAAGUAUGGCUACUAAAAUUUUAAAAAUUAGAUAUAUGACUUGCAUGAUAUUUCUAUUGGACAGAGCUAUUCUAGACACUUCAGGAGCAAAAUCCUGGGAAUUGUAGAAACUGGAGUUGAACAAAGCUUAUCCUUACUAGGUGAGAGUUCAUGGGAACACGAUAGUAAGAAACAUGACAUGAGGCAGAAAGAUGGAAGUUUUCCUUUUUUUAAAAAAAGAAGGGCCUUGCUUAAGCUCAGCUCCUGUGAACAGUAUGAAAGAGGCAGGAUAUGAGCUUAAUUCCACAAACAUCCAUUGAACACCUGCAAGUUAAGACACUGUGCAAAGAUGGGGAAAUAAAAAAACGAGGUAAACCUGGCCCCUGCCCUUUAGGAGUUCACCAUUUGGUAUAUUCCUUGCUGCAGAUCAUAUGCUUGACUCAUGUAGAGACUCUCUGUUUGUUGAACAGAUUAAUAUAAACGUCUGAAAAACUGUGGAAGAGACGUAAAGCUGCAAAACUACAGACACACAAUAAAGCCUAUUAAAGGCCCCAUAUUAGCAAUAGAUCUCACAACUAUUAGAUGAAACUAAGGACCUGGAAAUGUAAUUAAAAAUAUUCUGCUUCUGAAGUCAUCUUAUAUAAUUAAGAGCCACUUAAGGCAAUAUAAAUUCAAACAAUAUAUUAAAAGAGAGUGUACAACU